UGUGGACUUAUGGCUAGGGAUCAGCUGUUUCCUGCUACAUCCAGCAGUGAGCCCGGCUUUGAGCAGCUGCCUCUAGACACUACUUUUCCCACGUACUGGAAGACACUAAUGUCAGGUGGGGCAGAGGAAAAAAGAAGACAAAAAUUCUGAAAUGGAGAGAAAAUAACAUGGGAAUACAAGAAAACCAUUAGGUCCAGAGAUGCCACUAGCAUGUUUGACAGACUUUCAGGCCCGUGCACGAGAACAUCUGUCUAAGUCAACCUGGGAGUUUAUUGAAGGAGGAGCUGAUGACAGCUUCACACGGGAUGACAACAUUGCAGCAUUUAAAAAAUACCGCCUCCGUCCCCGGUACCUGAAAGAUGUGUCAGAGGUGGACACCCGGACCACAGUCCUAGGAGAGGAGAUCAGCGCCCCCAUUUGCAUCUCACCCACAGGUUUCCAUUGCCUCGUUUGGCCUGAUGGAGAAAUGAGCACAGCCAGAGCUGCCCAGGCAGCAAGUAUCUGCUACAUCACCAGCACAUAUGCCAGCUGUGCCCUUGAAGACAUCGUGGCUACUGCUCCCUGGGGCCUCCGGUGGUUCCAACUCUAUGUGCAGCGAGACCGGCAGCUGAACAAACAACUGAUCCAGAGGGUAGAAUCCCUGGGUUUCAAAGCUCUGGUAAUCACUGUGGAUACUCCCAAAGUUGGCAACAGGCGACAUGACAUUCGAAACCAACUGGACUUAAAGAUUAACCUACUGCUAAAAGAUCUUAGAUCACCUAAGGAGGGAAAUAUCGUGCCUUAUUUCCAGAUGUCCCCCAUUGACCCAUCCAUCUGCUGGAAUGAUCUCUCCUGGUUUCAGAGUAUAACUCGAUUGCCCAUCAUCCUUAAAGGGAUCUUGACGAAAGAGGAUGCGGAGUUAGCUGUGAAACACAAUGUCCAAGGCAUCAUCGUUUCCAACCAUGGUGGGAGGCAGCUUGAUGAGGUCCCUGCUUCUAUCGAUGCCCUGACAGAAGUAGUGGCGGCUGUGAGAGGAAAAAUGGAAGUGUACCUAGAUGGUGGGAUCCGUACCGGCAAUGAUGUGCUAAAGGCCCUGGCCCUUGGGGCUAAGUGCAUUUUUCUGGGAAGACCAAUCCUAUGGGGUCUUGCCUGCAAGGGUGAACGUGGUGUCGAGGAAGUUUUGAAGAUUUUAAAAAAUGAGUUCCAUACUUCCAUGACCCUUACAGGCUGCCGGUCUGUUGCCGAGAUCAGUUGGGACCUGAUCCAGUUCUCCAGGUUGUAAGGAAAGACAGCUAGCACCAGACUUCUGAGUGUGCCCACAGAAGGAAGACGUGCUCACACCACAGGACAUGAAUGCCUUCCUGCCUUGGCCCCAUCCUGUCUUUGUGCUUCAGGUCCCCUAAAACCUUCAUCUUCCUCAAGUGUGCCAUGCUCUUUUUUGCCUCCCUACCUUUUAUAUGCCAUUCUCUUGGCUGAAAUCCUCCUCUGAGAAAAAAAGAUCGUCAAAGAGCAGAUCAAUAAUGAUUGAAACAGCUAGUGGAUUAAAUUUUUUGCAUUCCUAUAUAUUGCCAUCAAAUGAUAGAAAUUUGCACUCUGGACAGAAUAAAAUAUUUCCCAACAAAAAUUGUCUGUAGAUAAUAAAGAAAUAAUAUAGUUGAAAAUAUAGGCUUUGGAGCCAUAGAGACAUGGCUUUAACAGUCAGAACUGACAUUGACAAGCUGUGAGAAUUGUGAAAGUUUUGCAAUCUCUCUGUGCUUCUUCUGUAAAAUGGGGGUUAUACUGUGUAGCCCACAAGACUGAGAGAAAGACCAAGUCAGAUAAUGUAUGUAAAGUUCAGAGCAUAAUUCUUAGCACCUAGUGCAAAUUUAAGAAACAUUACUGUUUUUAUUAUUGUUGUUUGGAAAAUUCAUAAAUUCACAUUAAUCUUUCAA